AUGAUCAAAUCUAAUACUACUACUCCAUAUAAAAGUGAAAGACAAAAAGAAAUAGUCAAAGGAGUUAUUGAAUGGAUUCUUCUGGAUAAUGAACCUUUAUCAGCACCAAGAAAAAAGGGAGUUAUGGAAAGGGAUAAAUUACCAUAUUCUAGCUCAGUUCAUGCUGAAACUUAUGUUGAAGUUUACCUUAAAGAUGAGGAGGUUGGUGAAAUUGAUGAUGGAAGUAAUACAGAAUCAGAAAAACAAUUAAAUAUAAAUACUACACCUAAACCCCUUCGUCCAAUUAAAGACUAUGACAGAAAAGAUGGGCAAAAACUUAAACGAUACUUGCCUAAUGAAGAUGAAUGGAAAUUAAUCGAAGAAUUAGUUAAAACUUUUGAACAAUUUGAUCAUGCAAUGGAAACAUUUAGUGCUGAAAAGUAUCCUACAUUAUCAGUCGUAUAUCUUAUCAUUGAACUCUUGAAAUUCCAAUUCGUGGUAGAUCCAAACCUUCCCUUAGUUAAUGAUGUUUAUGAUCUAGAUAAUGAAUAUGAGUCAAAUAUAGACAGUGAUAGCGAAGAUGAAGAGAAUUAUACUCAAGAUACACUUAACAUUCAAUCAACAAUUGCUCAAGUUAAGCUCAAGAAAAUGCACCCUUGGUCUGAAGAGCUAUGGAAAGAAACAAUUAGAAUAUGCCAUAAAGAAUUAAACAAUAUUAUUGACGAAACACCCACACAAUCAACACCUUCCAAU